AUGGAUAAUCUGACAAAUCACGCGAGACCAUCUACUGAUGCAAUCAUUACUGUGAGAUGCAUAAAGUCAUUCGAGUACAGGACAUGCAAGAAUGCAGUACUGAAACACAUUGAUCUCGAGAAUACUACAGUUGGCGAACUAAAAGCUCAUAUCCUCGAAACCAUUCGCACCACGUCUGGGUGGAAGCCCUAUCUGAGCGUAGAAUUUGAUACAUUAAAGCUUUACACUGUUGCCCAUGGACACAAGACCCAAAAUCUGAUUAUUAACAUGGAAGACGACAAGAGUCUGAUUCUCUCGGAUGAUUCGGCCACUUUGGCCUGGCUAGGAAUUGAAAAUGAAGCCGAACUUUCCUUCUUCAACAGGGAAGCAUAUGAGGCAUUUAAAAAGAAUCCCGAUAUGAAAUGGUAG